AUGGCGCUUGUUCGGCUAUGCUCCUGCAAAGAGUACAACGGCCGCCACUUCAGCAUCGAGACCAAGGAAACCGAGCUUCGUGAAUCGAUCGGGGUCACCAUCUCCUACACCUGGGGAGAGUUCGACCGCCAGGACCAUCACAUAGGCCAUUUCUGUAACCCUCAGAGCGACGAAGCGAUCCGAAAGACUUUGUCAGCCAUUCCAACCAUCUACAAAACUCUGGACAUCUUCGUCAUCAUCCCAGGUCCUGUCUGUUCUUGCCUCCCCACAGCAUAUCGCGCCUUCGAGGCCGCAAAGCAGGCUCUCGAUGAUCCUUUAUCGACAACCGCCGAAGUGGAGACGCUCUGUAAAGCGGCUCUAAAACACCUAUCAACUGCAGUCGAGGCAGAUGUGCAUAGACCAUAG